AUGGACGAAAAGAGCCCUUCGGAGAGGAGAACCUUCGGGCGCGGCCCACCCCAGGGCGGCAGCGGGGGAGGGGGCCCACAGAUGGGGUUGAGAAGCCAGGAGCACAGCAGAAGGUGGGGAGUUAAGGCCCAGGCGCAAGAGUCAUCCCCUGAAGCCAAGACGUUUAAAAAAAAUAAAAGGGCCGGGAGCGCGGAGCCGGCGGAGGUUAUUUGCAUAAAGAGGAGGGACUUACGAGCUCUAGGACGCCGAUUGGCUGAGGAGGCGGGCCUCCCGGGGUCGGCUGUAGGGAAGUGUUCGGGGGUAGGGAAUGCGGUGCAGGUCGUGUGGGCGGUUGGGACGCAGAAUUUACUCGACGAAUGUGGGAGAAAGAGGCGGAGCGUGCGUCGUACGUUCGAGGAAAGAUGGGAGCGCAGAGACGUAGGGACGCCAAAAGUGGAAGGAAACGUUACACGGCCCAUGGCGCCUUCAGCUGAGGAGACUGAGAGAGAGGACAGGGGCUGGUGGGGCGGAAUUAGCAGCCAGAGGGCGGAGCUUACGCAGACCUGGUCUUUGCCCAAGGAGACUAACCUAUACAGACCACAUCAAAGGGUGCGUCUGGCUUCCAGCUGAUUUUGGCUGAUGGAGCACCCUGGCAGGAAAACAGCUGGAGGAAGACACUGACUUGGGGGUAUUUACUCCACUGAGUCCUUUCCCAGGUCACCUUGGACUGGCCAAAACCUCCAUUUGGCUGGGCACGGUGGCUCACGCCUAUUAUCCCAGCACUUUGGGAGGCCAAGGCAGGUGGAUCACCUGA